AUUCUAUAUAAGGGCAGGAAAAAAAAAAAAAAAAAGUAGUCCAUUUUAGUUGAGAUUCACAAAAAACUUUGCAAUUUUCUCAUUCAUUCUUCUGUGUUAGUCUCAUGAAACAGAUCAGUUUCCUCUUUUGAUGAUGAUUGUCUGCACAAAAUCAUCAUUUUGUUGAUACCCAUUUGAGUUUUCAAUCAAAAGAUUUGUUCCUUUGCCAUUUUACUAUGAGCAUUUGAAGAAAUUUGAUCAAAAAAACCUCUACAAACUGCUGGCAAUGGAAGAAACUAACUCCCAACUUCUCAACUUAGCGUUUCUUCAAAGAUCUUUGAUUUGGGUCAGUGGCAUUGAUGAGAAAUUGCAAUAUCAGCAAUGACUCUCAGAAAACAAGACUCAAGGAAGAAGUCCUUCAUUAGAAAAAUGUUUGCGAUGGGAGAAAGAAACGGAAAGAAGGAGUUCAAAGGUUCAUUUGUUGAGUCCACUGAUCCAAAUUCCGACCUACAGCUAGACAGUACAUUCUUGGGUAGCACAGACUCUCUAAUGGCUCCUGGUCAAGAAGUUCAAUCCUUCCGUGUUUUUGUUGCAACGUGGAAUGUUGGAGGAAAAUCUCCCCCUACCAACCUCAAUUUGAAUGAUUUUCUUAAGAACGACAACUGUGCUGAUAUUUACAUAUUUGGUUUUCAGGAAAUUGUGCCUCUAAAUGCUGGAAAUGUUCUAGUUAUUGAAGACAAUGAACCUGCUGCAAGAUGGCUUUCCUUAAUUAAUCAAUCAUUGAACAACCCAACAAAUGGCUGCUCGAGAGGACCGAAAUCUAACACCAGUCUUGGAGGAUCGAAAUUCUUUCCGAAGCCUUCUCUUAAAAGCAUCAGUAAAACUUUCAGGACUGUGAGUAGAAGGAAGCUAAAAAGUUGCAAUUGUACUCCACUGGAACUCGAAAGGAAACGCAGUAAGGAUUUCUGGUUUCGGUGCCAACCAUCGAAUGUGAGUCAAAGUGGAAUUUCUUCAGAAGAAGAUGAUGACGAGGAGGAUCCAAGCAUCUUUGAUAUUUCAGAUAUUUCCAUUCCUGAAAGCAGUAACGAGACAAAGUACGGUUUGAUUGCAAGUAAACAAAUGGUUGGCAUUUUUGUCACAAUUUGGAUGAGGCAGGAGCUUGUUCCACAUGUUAGCCACUUAAGAAUAUCGAGUACUGGUCGUGGGAUCAUGGGCUGCCUUGGGAACAAGGGGUGCAUUUCAGUGAGCAUGUUAUUUCACCAGACAAGCUUUUGCUUCAUCUGCAGCCACUUAGCUUCUGGAGAGAAAGAAGGAGAUGAGCUUAGAAGAAAUUUGGAUGUUAUUGAAAUCCUUAAGAACACUCAAUUUCCAAAAAUAUGCAGGCCACCUUACAGUCGGAUGCCGGAGAAAAUCCUCGGACACGAACGAAUAAUAUGGUUAGGAGACUUGAAUUACCGGAUAGCUUUGAGCUACUCGGAAACUCGAAGACUCAUGGAAGAGAAUCGCUGGGAUGCACUUCUCAACAAAGAUCAGUUGAAGAUCGAAAGGGAUGCAGGGCGAGUGUUUUCUGGAUGGAAAGAGGGAAAGAUUUACUUUGCACCCACAUAUAAAUACUACUACAAUUCAGACACAUACGCUGGAGACUUGAAAAAAUCGAAAAAAAAAAGAAGAACUCCAGCUUGGUGUGACAGAAUUUUAUGGCAUGGUGAUGGCAUACGACAACUUUUUUACAUCCGUGGGGAGUCUCGUUUUUCCGAUCAUCGCCCUGUUUGUUCAACAUUCCUAGUCGAUGUCAUGGUUGUCGAGGGAGGGCUGAAGAAGAAAAUGCCUAUCUCUGAUAUGAAAGUUGGGGCUGAAGAAUUGCUACCAACAAACAGUAGAUAUUACCCCUAAAUUAGUGGUCUUAAUAUGGCUCAGUAGCUUAGUCCAACAAUUCAUUACCAUUCAUGACAAGAACGAUGACUCGUCGAAGUUUUUUCCGACGCCAAUACUAGUAGGAUAGUGUAGAUGUAACGAAACCUGCAAGUCGAAUUUUAUUAGUAGAUUUUCAAGUCAAGGAAGGGAUGUGGUCAUCAUCAGCAGCAGCCAUGGAUGCAGAUUGCUGCUUGCAGAUGCAUCACAUCAGAUUGCAGCCAAUGGUUAACUUAAAAAAAAGUAGAAAAACAGAAAAGAAAGUUUUUUUUUUUUUUUUAGUGUAGCUCCUCAGUCAAACUAGAGAGAAGAAAGUGAUAAAGUUUUUCAAGUUUUUUUAAGAUAGAAACUUUUGUCUUUUAAGCACUGAGCAGAUUGCAGAAGUAACAUUUGAUUUGAUUAUCUGAUGAAAUAUAUAGUAAUAGAAAUUCUUUUUUUUGUUGGAGAGUAGAAUCCAAAGUUUGACAACCAAGAAAAGAAAAAGUUUGUGCUAUUUUGAUCACGUGCAUGGUCACGUGAUGGCAGGUGAACAAAUUAUUUUUAUACUUAACAAAUACUUUCAAGUUUUUUCUACUCUUUUUUUUUUUUUUUUUUUUUUUUUUUUUGCUUUGGAAAUGGGAAGUUCCACAAGUCAAAGUAUACAUGUUGUUUACAUCACAUGCCUCACACUCACUCACCCAAUGGAUCUGUAUUGAAAACUGUGUUUGAUCUUUAAUGAAUAAUACAGGCCAUUGAUAUUUGGAAAAUUUUUAAGAUUAAUUGCUAAUCACUCCCUUGGGAGUUAUUUACUUUGCAUAUCUCACCUUGGUAUUUUGAAAGUGACUUUAAAAUACCUCAACUUUGUUACAUUGUGUACUAUUAGCUAAAAAGCGUUUGGAUCGUUGAGUUAAGUGAUGAAAUAUGAAAUUAAUAUGUUGGAGUAUCUUCAACUUGUCAACGACAAUUUGUUGGGUUCCAACCUCGAUCAACAAUUGACAACUAAACAUGAUUGUUGCGUUCAUUGUGCAACUCAACCCAACACCGUAAGGCAUGGCCUAAUGACAACCUAGAAAAUCUGUGUUUUGAGUACAAAGUUGCAAAGAUGAAAUUAUUCUAUAAACGGACAAAUGAGUGGACAUGAGUUAUUUAACACCAAUUUACAAAGUUAGUGGGCUCAAAGCUAAACACCCUGUCAAUGAUAAUUUCCACACAGUUGAUACAUACGGGUCUUGUUUGGUGUUGUUUUUGUCAAAGCUAACUCAUAAAAGGGUAUGAGUUGAAACUUUUCAACAUAAGGGCACAUUUGCAAAAUAUAGAAAAUAUAGGAGUGUAAUAUGCAAAUACCCUAUUUUAGAAAAGACCCUACAGAUUGUAUCUAGGAGUAUAGAAUAUGGGAGCAAUCAGAGAUUUGAGUAGAAUAUUGCUCCAAACAGAAACAAAUGAGGCAGUUGAAGACAAAAGUUGAAAAUUUGUUAAAACUUAUAUAAAGAGGCAGUCCAAGUUGUUAGAGUUGAAAGACAAACAAGACAUUGAUUCUCUCAGAGCUUCACAAAAAAACAUGAAACCUUUGAUCUCCAAAUCAUUGUUCUCAUGUUGCUUUUACGUCGUUACCGUUAUCGUUAUCAUCGCCGCCGUCGUAUCAAGUUGAUUUUCUUCUUCAUCAUCUUCCUUCUGCUGCUCGGAAGCUCGGCGAAACCUCAUCGUCUACUUCCACAAGCCUUCGCCGAAUACCUCGUAGUGGCCCCAAUCCCACACAGAACAGAAUGAAGCCCAAGUUGAGAAGCUAAAUCUUAAAGGGAUCAAAGAAACAGAUGUUCAAAGGAAUCUCAAAGCCAAUCAGUAUUCUAGUUUUUUCUUUUCUUUUCUUCUUUUUUUUUUUUUAUACUAAGGAAAAAAAUUCAUAGCAAUAGAAAUACAUUAGAAAACUCACUGUUACAUACAUGGUUUGAUUAGAACGUUGUUUCUUUAAACAACUUCUUGUGUAUGUGUAGAUUUUUCAAUGUUAAUAAACUUCUACGAUAUUGAUGUC